UAUGAACAUAUCUUGUAUUAUACUGAUCCUAUUUUUUACUCAAUUGACAUUGGAGAUGUUUAUGAAAUAAUAGCUUCGAAAUGAUUGCAAUGAGAGUUGAGAAUGUAAAACUACAAUUAUAUUUUCAAUCAAAGACACGGUAUGAAACUUCCUUCCAUAAUAAUUUUGACAGCUUCACGUCCACCAAAUAUAUCGGUUCGUGCUAGCACGUCGUCCGGCCAAGCCACCUUGUCACGCUCUCCUUUCCUUCAUCGACUAUAAUCAAAUCAUCCACCAUAUCGUCGACCGACCAACUCUUACACGAUCGAUCGAUCACUGAAGGUGCCGCCGUAUCAGCUCUCGACGACGGCGAUGCCAUCGACGUUCGGAUGGUCGGCGUCGGCGUUCGUCGCGGCCGUGCUCGCCCGCCUCAUCGGCAAGGGCCUCGCGCUGCUCGCGGAGCUCGACGACGCCGCGGCAGGCCACCUCCGGCGCCUCGAGGCCCUCCUCGCCCCCGUCUGGCGUGUCCUCGACGCCGCCGACGCCGGCGCCAUCGACGUUGUCGGCCACCGGCGCCCUCUUCAGGACCUUCUCGACGCCGCGUAUGCCGCUGACGACGCCCUCGACGACCUCGUGCUGCUCCAGUCCGACGCGAUGGCGAGAGGCGGGGAGCACGGUGUCGACGCCCGCGGGACGCCCGCCGCCGGCGCGGCGAGGAAGCCCAAGCCGUGCAGCCCGCUCAGGUUCCUGCUCUGCUUCAGCCCACCCAGAAAUGCCGUUGCUAGCAGCAGCAGCAGCAGCAGCGGCAGCCAUGGCAAAAGCUCAAAGGGGAACAAGAGUAAUCCUGACCUGCGUGGCUUAGGAGUUGCGUUUGAGAUGAUGGCACAAGCUGCGUACAGGUGCACGUCGGCGUACGAGCACGUCGUGGCAGGGAAGAACUACGCCACGAUGGUUUCAGCACAAGCAGAGGCUGCAACAGCAGCGGAAGCAGCUGAUUAUGAUCAGUUUCAGAAUGACAUAUUUGGGAGGGAAACUGAGGUGGAGCAGAUCUUGGAGAAGGUGAGGUUCAGCGACGACCCGCAUUACCGGCUAGGGAUCGGUGUUCUCCCAAUCGUCGGCGUCGAGGGGGUGGGCAAGACGGCGCUCGCGCAGUUCAUCUUCCACUACGAGGUCGUCAAGGCCGAGUUCCCCGUGCGGAUGUGGGUGCACGUCUCCGGCGAGGUCCAGCUCAAGGACGAACUCGUGGUCCAGAUGAUCCAUGGUGUUGCCGGAGAUGCCCAUGAAGUCGAAGACAUCAGGGAGAUCCUUCACGAGGAGUUGACCGGCAAGAGGUUCCUGCUUGUUCUUGACGAUGUUAGCGAUGUCGGCGACAUCCAGUGGAAAGAUCUAAUGAGGCUUCUGCAACCUGCAGCCAGGAGGAGCAUGAUCAUGGUGACAACUCAAUCUGAAAUUGCAGCAAAUGCGAUAGGAACAAUGCCUCCAUUAAUACUGAAUCCAUUGGAAUCUGAGGAUUACCAGAAGAUGUUCAGACACUUCGCAUUUGGCAGCUCUGAUGAGUCUGAAGAUUACACUCCACUGGGAGACGAAUGGGACGACGUUGAAGACGAAGACGAGGAAGAGAAGCAGUCACCGAUGGAGAAGGUUGCAUUGGAGCUAGCCAAGAAGAUGGGCGGCCUACCAUUACCAGCGACGGCGAUUGCACGGGCUCUGUUUUUCCGCCGGGAAGACAAGGAGCACUGGAAAAACGUGCUGGAAGACAAGCUCUGGGAGCAGCGAGACGUCGCCGGCAUCUCGCCGGCGCUGUGGCUGAGCUACCAACACCUCGAUCCUCGCCUCAAGCAAUGCUUCGCAUAUUCUGCAGUGUUUCCAUGUAGCCAUGCCUUCACAAAGGAUGAACUGGUUCAGAUGUGGGUAGCACAGGGGCUGAUAUAUUCUGAAGAUGCCGUGGCGAGGCCUGAGGACAUUGGAAGCAAGUUCUUUGAAGAUUUGGUUGAAAGAUGCUUCUUUCAGCCAAUUGGAAGCAGCAGAUAUGUGGUACACAAUUCGAUGCGAAAACUAGCACAGGCAGUCUCAACAGAUCAGUUCUUCAUGGUCACCGAGAGCUCAGGAGACGUGCCACUAGAAGUUCGUCACCUGACCAUCAUGACAAACAACCUCUCCAAGCUGAUAAAUGAUCUGUCAUUGAAGAUAUCUCAUUCAUCUGGAUCUGACCAACACUUCCUCCAACGGAUUCGUACAAUUAUUUUCUUUGCAGAUUUCAGUAAUUCAGAUGAAUUUAUCGAAUUUCUCGCUGAUAUUUUCAAGGUAGCAAAAGAUGUGAGAGUUCUUGGUGUGACAUAUGCAAAUAUAGCAUUUUUGCCUGCUGAGAUUGGCUUUCUCCGACACCUCCGGUAUCUGAAUCUGCUCGGGAACAGAAUAGCAGAUCUUCCUGAGUCAGUUUGUGAUCUCCACCUCCUCCAGGUUCUGGAUGUGCGCUGCAGUUCUCCUUAUCUCCGUGCUCCCAAUGGCAUCACCAAUCUGAUUUAUCUGAGGCAUUUGCAUGCAAGUGAGCCUUUUCUUUCUAUCAUACCAAAAAUACAGAAUCUCUCACAUUUGCAAGAAUUGGAGGUGUACAAAGUUAGCAGUAUUUCGCGCAUCGACGCCUUACAAGGGAUGACACAACUCCGAGGUACACUUUGUCUUAAAGAUCUCCAUCAGGUUGAUGUUAGUGAGCUAAGGAAGGGCAUCUUGAAGGGUAUGCAACAUCUGAACAUAUUAGAGUUGUCAUGGAGCAGCUCUGAUAGCCAAAGCAGAGAGGCUUCCACAGAUGAAGACACACUUGAGUGCUUGCAACCACAUGAGAACCUGAAAGAUCUGAGAAUUACAGGCUACAGAAGCACUAAAUGCCCAUCAUGGAUGCUAAAGACUCCUUGUUCUCUAUCAAAUGCUACUUCAGUUUUCUUAACGGAUUGCGUGAACCUGAAGAAUCUCCCUCCAUUCCAUAUCAUGCCCUGCCUUGAGAUUCUCGAGAUGAGAAAAAUCCAUUCUGUCAACAAGGUGAACACUGUUCCUCAACGAUCAGAUCAGAUCAUGUUCCCAAAGCUCAAACGCCUUGUUUUCGAAGAUGUGUUGAACUGUACUGAAUGGUCGACAGGCAGCUCAAAAUCAAGAAACACCGUAUUUCCCUGCCUCUGUGAAAUCCAGAUAAGGAACUGCCCAAAGCUGAGAAACUUUCCUGACCUUCCACUUACACUGACAACAAUGAUCAUUGAGAAUGUUGGUCUUGAAACACUACCAAGGAUACAGGACAGACAUUCAUUACCACCAUCAUCAUCAUCAGAUGCGAUUGCAACAUCGAAAGAAGGCAGAUGGACAUCAAGGCUCACAACACUACAAAUACAUCAGUGUCACGGGCUGAAAUCUCUAGGAUCAAGCCUGCUUCAGCAGCAGCACCUCCUAAGGUCCCUCGAGGUCUUGUCAAUAAAGAACUGCGACAACGUUACGUGUGAUCUCUCUGACGGUUUUCAGGACCUCACUGCAUUGACAGACCUAUCACUAUACGAUUGCCCGAAGCUUCUAGUCGACAAGUUCCACACAUCGCUGCGAAAGCUAGAGAUCAGCGAAUGCUUCAUCACACAUGGGGCAUGGGUGGAUGACUACCCCUUCCUGUUCUCAGUGUGGACACUAAAGGUUACCAGUUGUCCUCAUGUUAGCACUGAUCAGGAAAGCAGCUUCAGCAUCGAACCUCUGGAUUGGUUGAACUGCCUGUUCAAUGUGUGCAGUCUUCACCUGGAGAACACAUUGCUUCUGAAACUGAGCAUGUUUAACAGGCUUCGCUCUCUUGAGAUCCUAGAGAUCGACGGGAGUCGCUCAUUCUUCGAUGAUUUGGUAGAGGAAUUUGAGUGGCUGGAGAAGCUGCAGGCUCUGAGCAUUAGAAACUGCAAGGAAUUGAGAAUGCUUCCAGCGAAUAUCUCUACUCUGCCUGUGUUGGAAGAACUCUGCAUAGAAAACUGUCCAGCUUUGGAGGCGUUGCCUGCGAGUGGUCUGCCUACUUCGCUGAAGAGAUUGUCAAUAUCGAAAUGCAGUCCACGGUUAACUCAACGAUGUCUUGAUGAUGAACCUGAUAAUCUGAAUAUUGCAAAGAUUGCUGUUGUUUACAUUGAUGGGCAAUGUAUUAGUAUUCAACAAAAAUAAUGUUACAUUUUUAAUUUUCUGCCGUUAUCAAAGAGAAGACUUAUGGACAACUAAGUGAGCAUUACCAGUCUAUUUUUUGUUGCAUGUUACUAAUGCCAGCGUAUAUGGAUGCAUGAAUAUUAAAGUAACUGGAUGCUAUGAUAGUUCAUGGAUGCACAUGUUAUAUAUCUUCUUGCAUUUCUAAUGUGUCACCAGGAUAGGUUAGUUUCAGGUUAUUGUUCGCAUUCAAACUCUGGAUACACGGUCCAUAUAGUGGCCUAUAAUGUCUUUUAUGCAAGUU